CGGCAGCGACGCCUUCGGGGCGGCUCCGAGCCCGCCCCCCGCCGAAACCCGCGGGGCGGAGCCGCCGGAGGGUCGCCCGCAGCCCCGGGACGGGCGGGAGGUCGUGUCAGAUUCUCCAGAGAGAAGCUACUCAGUGCUUCUGGAAAAUGGCAGGAAAAAAAGUCUUGAUAGUGUAUGCACAUCAAGAGCCCAAGUCCUUGAACGGAUCUUUGAAGAGGGUUGCUGUGGAAGAAUUGAGCAAGCAGGGCUGCACUGUCAUGGUGUCUGAUUUAUAUGCAAUGCAGUUCGAGCCAAGAGCAACAAGAAAUGACAUUGUUGGUUGCUUGCACAACUCAGAAGAAUUUAACUAUGGCAUGGAGACAUGGGAAGCUUACAAGAGAGGAAGUUUGUCCAAAGAUGUGAUUGAAGAGCAAAAGAAGGUGCAGGAAGCAGACUUACUGAUUUUUCAGUUUCCCUUGUAUUGGUUCAGUAUGCCAGCAAUCAUGAAGGGCUGGAUGGACAGAGUCUUGGUCCAAGGAUUUGCUCAUGAAUUUCCGAACUGCUAUGAUUCUGGUUUGCUCAAGAACAAAUUAGCCCUGUUUUCUUUUACCACUGGAGGAACCAAGGAGAUGUAUGCAAAAGGAAGUAUCAGUGGUGAUAUUCGCUAUCUCCUGUGGCCCAUGCAGCAUGGAAUCAUGCACUUUUGUGGUGUCAAAGUCCUUGCACCCCACAUCUGCUUUGCUCCAGAGUAUGUCUCUGAGGAGAAGAGGAUGGAGAUGCUGAUUGCCUGGGCUGAGCGUCUGAAGACUCUUUGGGAGGAAAAACCCAUAAACUGCACUCCUGAGUGGUAUUUCAAGUAAUGUUCAGGCUAUGGAGUCCUGCUCAGUUGCUCAUCCAAGAGAAGGCACUGGCUUUUGGUCUUUGAGCCUCUCCGGUCUCACUAUCCCAUUACCUAGAAGAGGAGACCAGAAGCACAUGCAGAGUCAACUCCACGACUCUUGGAUUCAUAUGAUUUUCUUCUCUUCUUUAUCUGAUGUAUGAUUUGCUUUAGCUAAUGUUUUUAUCUGUUGUAAUGGCCAGCUCUGGGGCCAUUAUUCUAUAUAUCAUUUUAGGGUAUUUUUUUUUCCUCACGUGCACCCCUUUACAUAACUUGAAUUUCACUUCCUGUCUCGUUGCCCAUUCAUUCAACUAUUUUUCCAGAACUCUUCACAAUAUAUUUUACUUGCAUCUCCUCCUCUGAGUAAUCUGUAUCAUCAACAAACUUUCACAACCUCAUUGCUUAUAUUCUUCUCCAGAUCAUUUUUGACAGCUCACAUCCCUGCACUUGUAACCUCCGUCUGUUCCAAGGGCUGACCAUCUACUGUUGCCCUCAUUGUCCUCUCUUUUAAACAGGUCUCAAUGCCAUGACCUUCUUUCUUAUCCUCUACCUGAUUAGUUUCUUUAAAAAGAAAUUUGAUAUGAAACUUUGUCAAAAGUCUCUUGCAAAUGCAGAUAGACUAUAACAGCCAGAUCACUAUUCUCCAUAUGCUUUAACUUCUCCUAAAUAAAUUCUUCAGGUAUGUCAUUACAAUUUGAAAGUGACUGUAUAAGGAUAUACGUGAUGGGAGGGGAUGAAUAAGAAACAUUAUUCAAUUGUAACCUUCCAUGGUCAGUCUCAGUUCUGCUCUGUGUAGUCUAUUCUCAUACAGAAGUUGUUCCACGUACCUUAUAAUUCUUGUCACUUUCCUUUAUUUCCCACCUAGCUCAUCUAUAUCUAUUCAGAAAAGAGGUAGUCAGGGCUGUGAGCUGUAUCUCAGCUGUGGACACAUUAACAGGUUAAACCACGCUUGCUGAAGGGUGCUGUUCUUGUGCUUUGGAAGCCAGUCAGCUGUGUAGUGACAGUGGGUGCUGAGCCAAGAGGCAAAGUCCUUGUCCUAACAUGCUUUCAGUGCCUGCUGCACAGCACACUGUGCAGGGGCGCCUGUGUGUUCUGGCACAUGACUUUCAAAACCUGAAGGGAGGAUUUUACCAUGUAGCAAACCAAUAGAGAGUGGUCUGUGGUUAAUAAGGAAAGAGAAAGGCAGUGGCAGUGUUAGUUUCUUGGUAGUACUAGAAACAUUACAGACAUUUUGAUGUAAGGAAGGACUGCCCUGCUGAAUCACAUUAUGCUAAAGACCAAAUGCAGUCCUGUCAAAACAGCAUUGAUUUCAUCAGAAUAAAGCUAUGAUUAGGUGAGUAACUUGUAGCUGCAUUUCAGGAGGGGGAGAAGGGGAGAAGAACAAUAUGCUUUCCUCUUGCAUUUAGCCUGGGGAUUUAGUUUUGGCUCCUGGUGGUGCUCCUCUCCCACUCAAUUUCAGGCAAUGCUCUGGUCUUUUUCUCUGAUAAUUUGUUCCAAAAAUCAUAACUGUUUCUUUUAUUUGAUAUUGUGGAAUGGCAGGUGAAACAUGCUUGCAACUUCAGAAAAACACAGGGAAACAAGAACCCGGAAUUAACAUUUCAGCAUUGACUCAUCUCCAGAGCUGGGAACUUCCUGGGUGAGGGAUGUUCCCUCACCCAGUGGAGCCUUUAGUCAGCAACAGCCACGGCACCAUUACACUCAGGUCCCACCAAAAAGCAGGUCCCUGCAGAGCUCACAAUUCAUGUGAGAGGUGGAGAGGGAAAAGCCUCUUAAGAGACACCUGGCAGCCAACUGCAGCUAAAAAGGAAGAAGCAGAAAAACUUAAACCCCUGUAGGAAAAGCUCACUGCAAUAUAGCCUUCAGAGUUAAUACCAGGAAGAUACUCCUGUCCAAAGUCACUUUCCCCUUACAGCACAAGCUUAUUGAGAUUUAAUUUCCAUUUUUAGCAUUAAUUUUAGGAUUCAUUUUAGAUAGGUAACCAUUCCAGGGAGGAUUUGUCUAGCACUGUGAAGUUUUGACACUUUAUUUAUCAGCCCCUACAAUUUUUUUGCAAUAGCGCAACAAAACCUGCAUAUUUUACAUACAGCAGUUUUCAUCCUACUGACAAUAAAAACAGCUAUAUAUGUAAAAAAAAAUAAAAUAUGUAGAAUUGUGUUUACAUUUUUUUCCUGCAAGUUUCAAUAAGAUGGCUGAGACUUUUAGGACAAAGUAAGUGAAAGUUGGAUCAAGAUUAGUGAAAGUUUACAUUAAAAGAAAACUACUGGACUUAUUUUAUUUUCAUUAAUAGUAAAAUUGAAAAAUUCUGCUUACAUAAAUGCAUUGCUGUGAAAAGGAUUAAAACCUUACUGGCCUUAUCAUCCAGUUCAGGAUAAUUCUGAUUGAGAAGAAAGGAAGAUUAAGAGAUUCCACCAUAAAUUCAGAUUGCAUUUUUGGAUCAGUUUAUUUUCUCUAUUCAUUUUGAGAAGGAAUGUCAUAACUGGCAACGCUGACCUCUAAGCACCAACAAAUAAAGGCUAAUUUCUGUCCUUUU